GCGCGCGCCGUCUCCAACGCCUCGGCCGACUCGGUGCUUCCGCCGGGGGCCAUCACGCUGCAAGACAACGAGGCCGACGAGGACGAGAAUGGCGACGCGGGGGACGGCUACCGGCGCAGCAACAGUAGCGAGGUCUACGGGCGCGACCGCAACCGGGCGUGCUGGGCACGGAGCGUGCAGGUGACGGAUUAUGUGCUGGUCAACGGCGGCACGACAAACCUGGGGGCGUUUGUGGUCUGGAUUAUUAGGGUCGAGACUUUCAAUGGCUCCUACAUGAACAUUCGCAAGCGCUACUCCGAGUUCGACGACCUCCGACGGCGACUCGUCCAGACAUUCCCCAACUUUGAGGCGGCUGUGCCGGCGCUGCCGCCCAAGAGCUUGAUCAACCGCUUCCGGUCCAAGUUCCUCGAGAAGAGGAGGGCAGGCCUGCAGUAUUUCCUGAACUGUAUCCUGCUCAACCCCGAAUUCUCUGGCUCUCCGGUCUUGAAAGAGUUUCUCUUCACAUGA